AACCAAUUUUGAUCAGCAGGUACCAAUCAUUUCGGGCCGCGGAAAAACAUUAUUGCUGUGAGACUUGUUUUGAGUUUCAUAUGAAAAAGGCACACUUCAGUUUGUAACGACCAUCUAACGACGUCCGUGAAGAUGUGGGCCGACACGCUGCUGAUAGUUUUCAUAUCCAUUUUCACCGCGCUACUCGGAGAAGGUCUAACCUGGGUGAUGGUUUAUCGUACGGAAAAGUACCAAAAACUCAAAGGGGAAGUCGAAAAGCAGAGCAAAAAGCUUGAAAAGCGCAAGGAAACUCUAGGCGAAUCGCUAGACAAAAACCACAAAAAGAAAAUUGAACGAGACGAAGAGAAGCUAAAGAACAACAACCGUGAUCUCUCGCUGGUGAAGAUGAAAUCAAUGUUUGCCAUUGGUUUUGCGUUCACUGCACUACUCAGCAUGUUCAACAGCAUUUUCGAUGGACGAAUCGUAGCCCGCUUACCCUUCGUGCCAAUCUCGUGGAUCCAGGGACUGAGCCACAGAAAUCUGCCCGGCGAGGAUUACACCGAGUGCUCGUUUAUCUUUCUCUACAUUCUCUGCACGAUGUCCAUCCGGCAGAACAUCCAAAAAAUGCUCGGUUUUGCUCCAUCGCGUGCCGCAAGCAAGCAGGCAGGCGGCUUGUUCGGCCCAACGCCGGGACAGUUCAAGUAAUACCGGCAGUACCGGACACCUUCAACUCUUGCUCGGGUUGGCCAUGAAUCGUUUCAAUGGCAAUUAAUUUAACAUUGACAUGCUGCGCGUUUAUUUAAAAGACCAGCGUUGUUACGUUCCACGUACGCGCUUCGUUAUAUCUGUUUUUCAUCGCAUUUUUCCUUUGUGUUCUAAUGUAGUGUAGGAUUCGUGUUUGUCGAUGGAUUAGGUUACACUGGGUUGAAUAAAUC